ACUUUUGGUUUAGCAUGUUGUGCUGUUGAAAUGAUGCAUAUGGCAGCAUCAAGAUAUGAUCAGGACCGCAUGGGAAUUGUUUUCAGAGCAUCUCCUCGCCAAUCAGAUGUCAUGAUAGUUGCUGGUACCUUAACUAACAAGAUGGCACCAGCAUUAAGAAAGGUUUACGAUCAGAUGCCCGAGCCCAGGUGGGUGAUUUCGAUGGGCUCUUGUGCAAAUGGUGGUGGCUACUAUCAUUAUUCUUAUAGUGUCGAUUGUGCCUGUGGAUGUGGACGUCCCAGGAUGCCCACGGACUGCAGAGGCGUUACUGUAUGGUGUAAUUCAGUGACGAAGGAAGAUGAGAAAAGCGAGG